AACGUGAGAGAAGGGAAGAGUAGAAGAGAGUAGUUCUUUGUGAUUACUUGUAGUUUAUUAGGACUACAGAGCCAUCAGGUGCCAAUAAUAAUAUUGUGCGAAAUAUUUGAAUCCAUUUGAAUCAUUGUACCCCAGAGAUUUGCUUUUAAAAUGUGUAGCUAGUCCAGUCCAGGCUUCAGCAACAGACUGAGGAGGAGGAAGAGCAGCUGUCUGCUGUGCUCAGAAAUCAUGGUACUGAUCUGAGUCCUGAACAGCACGCGGAUUAAAGCCUGCACUUUGAGUUAACUUGCAUUUAGUUGCUGUGAUUUGUGGAUUUUGGACUUGUGUUUCUCUCAGACAUGAGUAGGUCCCCCUCCUCCUCCUCCUCCUCCUCUCCCCUCCUCCAAGCGUGGGUCCAGCGCUGCUGCUUUCAUUGCAUUGUUCCAGAGGAGUUCAGAUGGUUCUCUUUCUCAUGUUAAUCAGCUCCUGCCUCUCACUGCUCUACACGUGGCUUGUGUGAGAUGCAGAGGGAGCUGAGCGCGCGGAGAGGUCAUUCCUGAGUUCCCCGGUUCUCCCUGAGAGCAGCAGGGUGCUAGCUCCCAGCUCCAGCAGACCAGCUCCAGCAGACCCCCGCGUUUGGAGAGGCUGUGCGUGUUUGGAGGAACGCGUGCACUCCGGGACCCGCAACUUUUCCUGGAUUUGUUUUACUUUUUAAAAGGAAGUCAUAGGCAGCCGGUCCCGAGCGAGUUUUUUUAAACAAGCAUGUUUGUUCAUUCUGUUUAAGCCACUCGAUCGAGGUGAACUGAGAGAAGGGCAUUUACCUGCUUAAUUUUCAGACUUUCCGACAUGUUGGUCUUCGUGCUGCGCGUCGCGUUCGCGCUGCUGUGCGUCCACGCUACGCGCUCUGCGUUGUGUCCCGCUGGCUGCGAAUGUUCCGAAGCUGCACACACUGUGAAAUGUGUUUCUAAAGACCUUCAGGACAUACCGACCGGCAUUCCUGCUUACACGAGGAAUCUGUUCAUCACGGGCAACCACAUUAGACGAAUUGGUCCAGAGUGUUUCAAGGGGCUGGACAAUGUGACCACCUUAUCACUCAGCAACAACAGAAUAUCUGAGGUGGAGUCUCACACCUUCUCCAGCCUGCGUAACCUCAGAUCACUGGACCUGAGCAGCAACCAGCUGGUGCUGAUUCACCCAGAGGCCUUCACAAUGCACAACCACACGCUGAGAGAGCUGAAUUUCAGCCGAGCGCUCUAUAACCACUCCUCAAUCACUAACCUGGCCACAGCUCUGCGCUGGAGCAGCCUGGACACGCUGCUUGGGCUGGACCUGUCCAGCAAUGGCCUGAUCUUCCUACCCCCUCACAUGUUCUUUCACAUGAGCAGUCUGCGCCGACUUCAUCUGGCCAACAACUCCAUAGUAGCUAUUACCAAUGAGACGUUGCUGGGUUUGGAGCACUUAGAAGAGCUAGAUCUCAGCCAUAACGCCCUUAAAACCUUCAACAAGGAAGGCUUGAUGGAGUUGGAGCGCAUUCCAAAAGCAAAGUUACACCUUGGGCAGAACCCAUACACGUGUACCUGUGGAAUUGAGUCGUUCAUCACCUUGCUAAACACCUCGUGGGACCGUGUCGUAGAUGUGGAGCAUCUGGUCUGUGUGUUCCCUGUUGAACUGCGCAACAUUUCUUUACUGCUUGUAAGGAAGAUGGUGCUGGGAUGCCAUCACGUAGAGGAGAGCAACAACCUGGCUCUCCAAACAUCCUAUGUCUUCCUAGGCAUAGUGCUGGGUUUUGUGGGCCUAAUGUUCCUCUUUGUGCUGUAUCUGAAUCGGAAGGGUAUCAAGAAGCGCAUCUAUGAAAUGCGUGACACCUGCAGAGAGAUGUGGGAGGGGUAUCAUUACCGAUAUGAGAUUGACUCUGAUCCCAGGUUGUCACAAUUGUCCACCAGUGCAGAUGUGUAAUUUGGACUACUGGUAGUUUGACCCAAGUUCUUCCAACCCAGUGUCUUUAUCUGAAAUUGAUUUCUAGCAAAUUUAUACAUAAAGGAAUUUAUGACAAACUCUACAUGUGUUUUGUAAAUCUAUUGUUUUAUGUUUUCAGGCACCAUUAAUACUAGCAACCUGCACACCCAUUCUUUUUCAUACAUCCACCAUCUGCUCCAGCUCCAUCCCACCACAUUUUCCCAAUUAUACCCUGUAUCCCCGGAGUACAGGGUCAAAGUAACUUGGUUUAGGAUGGGUCUAAGACCAUUCUGCUGUUUCAUUCAGACCUAGUAGGCAUUUACUGCUUUGAGGGGAAGUAAUUGUCAUACUAAAUCUGUUAUAUUGCAUGCUGUGGCUGUAUUUCUCCCUGAAGUUCAUUGAAUCAAAGAGCUGGGCCACAAUCAGCAAGGAUACGGAGCCCACUCUGCCUCUCUACCCACAGGGAGCUUGUGAAGAAUGUGGUUGCCUUUCUCUACAAAGCAUUCCAGUGCGAGGAUAACCUCCUCUAAGCUUACCACGGAGCCACCGAGAAAUGCACUUCCUUUGUGCCAGAUAAACAGAAUGAAAGAAUGAAAAGGGGGAUCUUUCGAGAAAGGAGACCAGCUGUGGAAAUCUCUGGUCCUCUUCUCCUUCCUUUUUUCGGAAGAAACUUUACUGUGUUUUUAUUCCUCUCAUUUUUAUUGUCAGAAUGAUGAAAACCAGCCCUGCGAGAGGGUUGCUGAAGACAGCAGUGCGCCUGUUGGCUGUGUGAAGGCACAGCCUGGCUCAGCUCCUAGUAACUUCAGCAGCUUUUUGUGUUUAGGAGAUUUUUACAGUGAUAAGAUGCAGAUGAACCUGGGAUGGUUUUGGUUCAGAUGUUUUAUGUGUAUGGGACAGAAUUCGCCAAACGUUCUUUGUGUACUAGAACCCAAAGGCAUGGGCUUGGAUGUCAUGGUUUUGUACUUAUUUUAUAAAAACAAAUCCAGUGGAUAUGCAUAGUCAAGACAUUUUAAACCUGAAACUAUUACUUGGUCUGCUCUAAACCACUUUGGUCAUGUAACUUCAUUUAAAAGUAGGAUUAGGCUUAGUCUGUAUCUCGGAAACUGACCUGGCUCCAUAAACCAUUACAGUACAUUCACUAGUACAACAUUUGCUGAUUUUGACUUUAAAUAUUCAUUUGUGCCUGAAGCUCCUCAUUGUCAUAAAAGCUUUUGUCAUCCAAAGUGGUUUAACGUUUCUCUGUUCUUGACGACUUAUUUAACAAGUACAUGCCAUGCUGUCAAACUGCAGUUCAUUAACCAAAUAUGAAAGUCUCCAAAAGAGAAAUUAUGACUUGAAAUAUGGAAAUAUGGAAAUUUUGAAAUCCAAAAUAUUUUUGGAGUCUCUAUGUAUGUGAUGCAUUGAAUGAACAAAUUGGAUGGCUUCCACAAAGGCAGUUUCAUCUGCAUUCUUAAUAAAAUGUUGUAAUAAGUGUCCCUUUA